AUUGUGGGUAAUUGUUAGGGGCGCAUGGGAUAUCUACGCUGUCGUUCAGAGACGAUCGGAUCUCGCUAGAAUAUAGCGUAAUACAUCCCCGAUUUCGACAGAUGACAGAGUAGUUAUCCCAACUAAUAUUGAAAUACUACCCGUGGUGCGCAUAAAGAUGCUUGUAACACCAAUCCAGGCAAGAGAAAGGAGUAUAGCUGAACUCACGGGUUAUUUACCUGCCAAAGGUACCAGGAUGUACGUCAGACAACGCCAGCAUGAUCCAGACUUCCGGGAUCAAUCAUAUGAAGAAUGUCUAUCACCAGAAGACAUGUCCCCAACAGAGAUUGAACCUGUUCCUCGAUUGAGUACAAUACAAGCAAGUCCUGGAAAGACUCUGUUGGACCAGUACGUAGAUACCGGGCUUGUUGAAUUGCCUUCGACUAUGAAGCCAUGGUCAUCACCAUGGGCCGUAGCACAGGACCAGCCAGCUCCAGCCAAGAGUUACAGCCAUGUUAUGACGAAGUACCGCAAUCCCCAUCAAGAAAAUGGUGUAACUAACACGUUUAGACGCACUGGUUCCGAAAAGCAUCGCCGUUCAAAGUCCCCGCCUGCUUCUAUAGUUAAAAGUCGUGAGCUUGUCAUCCAGUCUUCUGGAAAAAAGGCACGUGGUGCCGUGAUGUUUGACCGAUUGAAGAAAAGAUCUGAAGCAUUUGUUAUAGAUGAAACAAAUGUAGCUAAUCCUACUCACUACUAUUCGCAGAAAAGGAUGAAUAUGUUACAGCAAACACGUCAAAGAUCUGCCUCUCCCCCACCUCACAUUGGUACUGGCUACUACCCAACUCCACAAACAAUAACUCAUGUGGAUGCACAUAGGUCCAAGCCCAGAGAUAGGAAGACACCAUGGCAAGCUGCAGAAGAGAAUCCAGUUGGAUCAGUCGAGAGUGCAUUCAUGCCUUCUAAAAAGCCAAUUGAUCUGAUGCUGGCCAGCAACCUGAAAACAGCAGCACGCACCAAAGCUGAGCGGGAUGAAGCAUACCAACCCUGGGUAAGAACGACCCCCGAUGAACCAAGCAGUGGCCAUGUGAGUUUCAAUCUUCCACCAAGGAUCACAUCGGCACCCCGUUUACGACUAGGUGCAACACCAUAUGUGAAUGAUUUCAAUGUCAAGCCACAAGGCUGGUGUGGAUCCUAUGAAGAUACGACACAUUCAGAUGUAACGGAAUACCAUACACUGCCAAGAACGCGCCACUCAAAACAAAUUGCCCGUGACUAUAAUUCAAGACCGAAAUCCUGGAAUCCCAAUUACUUUGAUGAUCAGCAACACGAUGUACAAGACCACGGGGAUUUUUACCAUCAUGAUGAAUAUGAAGAACAGGCUUCCCCCGAACAAGAGCACCUGAAACCAGUGAGAAUGACAGCAAGAAAGUUUAACACGCCUAACCAUGCUCAUCGUCGUUCAAGGUCUGUUAAGCCAGUAUGUGGUCCGAAAAUCUGGAAUCCUAAAUCAGUAGACGAAACUGAUGAUUUAUGAAGCUUGUAGUAAAUAGAGACACAAAUCAAAUUGCUUGAACAUGAGCAUAAUAACACCUAUGUAAAUGCAGACUCGAUAUCAAACAAACCGUAUGGCAGAUAAUUACUUUUACUUAACUUCUCUCUUUGCUGUGUGUUCUCUCUCUCAAAUACCUGUCUUUCUUUUAAUUCUCUAAUAUCUUUUCUUUUCUUUUUUCUUUUUCCUCUCUUAUCCUCAUUUAUUCCAACUCUACUUUACUUUGAAAAUAUGUACUAUCUCAUCUGUCUUCUCUUUCUUGUAAUUUAUCUUUACUUUUGACCGUCUACUCUACUCUACUCUACUCUACUCUACUCUACUCUACUCUACUCUACUCUACUCUACUCUACUCUACUCUACUCUACUCACUCACUCCUACUCUACUCUACUCUACUCUACUCUACUCUACUCUACUCUACUCUACUCUACUCUACUCCACUCCACUCCACUCCACUCCACCCCACCCCACUCCACUCCACUCCACUCCACUCCACUCCACUCCACUCCACUCCACUCCACUCCACUCCACU